AUGGCAUUUGGAAUAUCAUCUCAGCCUAUGCACCCCAAGCGGGCAGACCACAAGCUGAAAAAGACACCAGAUAAUGACAUGCUUAUAAUUGGUUGCAACCUCAAUUCACAUCUUGGUGAGAGAAAUCAUAACUACUUAGAUGAACACGGGCAAAAUGGGUUUGGAGCAACCAAAGAUGAGGGCGAAUGGGUACUGGAAACUUUGCAGGCUCUGAAACUGUAUGCCUCCAACACAGGGUUUAGGAAGAAUAAAGAGCAGCUGGUGACCUACAGGAGUGGAGGACAUGAUACGCAAGUGGACUACAUCUUAGCGAGGAGGGAAAACAAAUCUAGAGUAAAGGAUGCCAAAGUUUUGUCAUAUGAAGUAGUAACCAGACUCGUAGUAGCUGACAUAAAAAAAAACAUGGAAAAGAAACUUAAACCACGGAAGCGACCCCCCUCCCCCCCCCCAUCUAGAGUCCGGAAACUUAAAGAGAAAAGGGAGGAAUACAACAUGGAAGUAAAUGAAUUUAGAAAAAGACUUGCGGACCGAGAGAAAGCAUCUUGCGAGGGACACUGGGACCAGAUGAGCGAAAUACUGUUGGAGGCUGCCAAAAAAUGUUGCGGGCAAACUAGAGGUGGAAGACCAAGAGAUAAUGAAGCCUGGUGGUAG